AUCACCAGCUUUAACUGUCAACAUCUAAAUCUAAAAUGAUUCUUUAAGAGAUAAGGAUUAAAGCGAGAUUGAAGAAGAAAAAGAGUGAAGUGUGCUUUGUGUGCAGCAAGAAACAAUGGCAAAAUCAAAACAACUCUACUUACUAUUUCAAAUACUUUUGGUAUUGAGCUUAAUUGAUUUGUGUUCAUCAGAGAGUAUAAUUUUCGCUACUUUGGGAAGCAGAAGCAUGUACUCUUUCGACAUAUAUUCAGUGCCGCUUGAUUCGAAGAAUUCAGCUCCUCUUUCGGAGCUGCGCUUAACCGACGGCCACUCCCUCAAUUUCAAUGGCCAGUUUGUUACCUCUACGAAUAUUAUUCGAGAACAACAACAACAACAACAACAACGAGCAAUUGAAUUGGUUUAUGCAACCGAAAGAGGAGGUGUGUCCACCAUAUAUCAAGAUAUUAUCUUUAAUCCAACUCCACAAGGAUUGAGAAGAGAGGCUCUUGAGGUCUCCGCUCAGCGAGUUGAGCUGCUCAGUGGAGAUGGGGUUUCGAUGAAAGACAGGCCGAGUUUGGUGGGUGACUCGUUGAUUUACGUCUCAACUCACGAGAACCCGGGGGUUCCGAGGGCGAGUUGGGCGGCUGUGUACUCGACUCAGUUGAGUACCGGGUUGACUCGGCGGCUGAGUCCUUAUGGGGUGGCUGAUUUUAGUCCUGCAGUGUCACCUUCCGGGGUUUGGACUGCAGUAGCGUCUUUGGGUGAUAAGGGGUGGAAUGGGGAAGUUGAGGAGCUCGGGACGGAUGUUUUCGUGUUUUCGACUCGAGACGGGUCGAAUCGGGUUAAGGUGGUAGAGCACGGUGGGUGGCCGAGUUGGGCGGACGAGUUCACUUUGUAUUUUCAUAGGAGAGGGGAUGAUGGGUGGUGGAGUAUUUACAAGGCGAUUUUGCCGAAAAAUGGUGAGUUAAGUGUUGACUCGGUUUUGACUCAGCGAGUCACUCCACCCGGUGUUCACUCGUUCACCCCAGCUGCUUGUGGAAAUGAAAGUUUAGUUGCUGUGGCAACUCGGAGAUCCGGGUCAGAUUAUCGGCAUAUUGAAAUAUUUGAUUUGAAGGCCAAGAAAUAUAGAGAAUUGACACGGCCGAUUACGCCAGAUGCUCAUCAUUUUAGUCCGUUUUGUUCUGCGGAUUCUAAAAUGGUCGGGUACCAUAAGUGCAGAGGAUCUAGCAGGGGGAUGAAGAGCGAAAAGCCCCUGUUCCUGGAAAAUCUCAGGAGCCCAAUGCCUGAAAUUUCGCUUUUUCGGGUUGAUGGGUCAUUUCCUUCGUUUUCGCCUGAUGGAAACAGGGUUGCCUUCGUCGACUUUCCUGGUCUUUAUGUUGCAAACAUGGAUGGGUCGGGGCGUCGUCAGGUGUUGAGUGAUAUGGCGUUUGCGACUGCCUGGGAUCCGAAGCGGAAGGGAGUGGUGUAUACAAGCACCGGGCCGACAUUUGAGACGGAAAGUACUGAGGUUGAUAUAGUUUCUGUUAAUGUUGAUGACAAUGAUCUUGAGUCUAGCUACAAAAAGUUAACUCAUGGUGGAGCUAACAAUGCUUUUCCGUGGCCUUCACCAGAUGGAAAAUGGGUCGUGUUUCGUUCGGGUCGGUCAGGUCACAAGAACUUGUAUAUAAUGGAUGCGGUUGAAGGGGAGACGGGUGGGUUACACCGCUUAACAGAAGGACCAUGGAGCGAUACGAUGUGCAACUGGUCGCCUGAUGGCGAAUGGAUUGCGUUUGCAUCAGACAGGGAAAUUGUUGGAUCAGGAGGUUUUGAAUUGUAUCUGAUUCAUCCUAAUGGGACAGGGCUUCGGAAGCUGGUUCAGAGCGGGUCAGUUGGACGGACAAACCAUCCGUAUUUCAGCCCUGACAGCAAAAAAAUAGCGUUUACUUCAGACUAUGGCGCAGUCUCAGCCGAGCCUAUUUCAAAUCCUCAUCAGUAUCAGCCUUAUGGUGAUAUAUACACUAUUAAUGUGGAUGGGAGUGGAUUGAAGAGAUUGACACAUAAUUCAUACGAAGAUGGAACUCCUGCUUGGGGGCCUAAUUAUAUUCAGCCUGUUGAUGUCGAGUCGGCUUACAAUGCAGCACAAUGUGCUUUCGAAGAUCUGUCUUGGCUCCAAAUAGAUAGUCCUGCAAGUGCCAGUCAUAGGAAUCGUGUUGAAGAUUAUAAUGGUUCAACUAAAAUACAGUGUGGUGGUUAGUCUCAGUUCUGCAGUAAUAUGUUGGUAAGACACUCCAGUCUGAAUGUAUAUAUGAAGAAUAAAAAGCAAAGCACAAGAGUUAUCUUGCUGCAUUUAUACUCUGUAAUAUUUAGAAUGAGUCUCUGUGGCAUGGCCUACUAUGCCGGUUAUAAUUAUAUCCAAUCUUACGUGUUUUGCAUCUUAA